AUGACAUCACUUUCACUACGAACUAUCGGCCUCGAACCGUCGGUGUAUAUAAGGAGGGUAGUAGCCAACCCCAGCAUAUCUUCCACCACUCCUUCACCGAACACCACAGCAAUGGCUACAUUCAAGACUCUCAUUGUCGCUGCCCUCUUCGCGGUGGCAUUCGCUGAGGAAGAGAAGGCAGUUGAGAAGAGGACAGCUGCGGCAGGACUUGGCUAUGCUGGAGGAUAUGGAGGAUAUGCUGGAGCAUACCCAGGAUAUGCCGCUGGUGCCUACCCAGGAUAUGCCGCUGGAGCCUACCCAGGAUAUGCCGCUGGAACCAAUAAGGGUUAUGGUGGAUACGGUAGUUACGGUGCUUAUCCAGGUUACGCUGGCUCAGGAUAUGCUGGAUAUGGUGGCUACGGUGCUGGAUAUGGUGCUGGAUAUGGUGCCGGAUAUGGUAGCUACGGUGCUGGAUACGGUGCCGGAUAUGGUGGCUAUGGUGCUGGAUACGGUUCUGCCGCAUACCCAGGAUAUUCCGCUUAUUCUGGAUACGGUUCUUCCGCAUACCCUGGAUACUCUGGUUACUCUGGCUACGGUUCCACCGCUUACCCAGGCUAUGCUGGACAUGCUGGGCAUGCUGCUUACCCAGGAUACGCUGGAUACUCUGGAUCAGGAUACUCCGGCUACGGCAGCCAUUCCUACAAGGGAUGGUAAAGAAUUCAAUCGAAAGUUACCAACGUAUCAUCACACAAAUCUUUUCGAAUAUCCGGUAAUAACAUCUCCGUGAAAUUAUCCGUUUUGUAACAUUUUGAUAAUAAAAUGUUUUUAAUAAAAAUAA